CCUGACUAUUGUCUGGGCGUGGGAAGGAGAGAGACCUUGAUUGCUAUUGCGCUCACGACUGCCAGGGUCAGAAGUCGACGGAAGAGCGUGGCGAUCGACGAUGACUAGGCACUGGCGGAGUGCGCUCGAGUAGCAAUCGUCAGAGGUGGUCAGGGCCAGGGCGAAGCUGUAUAGCUCAGGAGACACGGCGUGGGUAUUCGGCCGAGGCUCAUAGCAACUCGCAGCUCAUGCAGAGGGGGGGACAGGGAUCAGGGCGAGUUCGCUUGCAGCCGGCAAAAUCAAGGUCGUGUUUACCUCGGCAAUGCAAUAUCCUGCAUUAUCGGGCGUAAGCGGGGCCGCCGGCUCUAGUAUCCCAGGCACAGCCAAAGUAAAUUCUCAAAGGUAUGAAGCUGCGCAGCACUGUAUAAGAGGUACCAUAUUGCGAGCUGCAGCAUUCGCACGUCCUCACAAGGAGACCACACUCGCUUCCCUCACAUUGAUCACACAACAGAGUCGCCUUCGGUCUCCUCUCACAGCGGAAGCAUAUAUCCCUUGUCUCAGCUGCCGCUGGUCACAGAGCAAAGCCGCUUUUGACGCCACAAUCGGACAAUCGUACGGACGUAGAAUUGCCAAUCAUCCAGACCAUUUACCGCAUCGUCCUCUGCACUCAUCACAUUCUGCCAAAAUGGUCGUCCAUCGUGCACGAACGCCAGCGUGCUUGUCGCUUCUCAUCCCAUCCCUGCUGCUCCUCUACAUCUGUUUACCAACCGCAACAGCUAUCAAUUGGAUGAGUACCCCCGAGCUCAUCAAGGACCUCACCGUCUAUCAGUCCUUUGUGGCUGCUACUGUUGGACUCCAGCUAUGGGAAUCUAUCAUCAGCUUUCCCUUUGAGUGGCGAUACUUGACUCGACAGCGAAGAUGGAAGCAUGGUAUGGCAGCCUACCUCAUCAUCCGCUACGGCACUUGGGUCCACCUCAUCUGCGUACUCAUCAACAUCCACGCCACCCAUCACAUUGACUGUGAAGCAACCAUGAUCGUCUUGCUCGUAUCCCUCAGUCUGGCCACCCUGGCCACUAGCCUCAUCUUCGUCGUGAGGUGCAUCGCAGUCUGGAAAAGGAACAAGUGCAUCUCCUACGGUCUCGGUGCUCUCUGGCUCGCCACAGCCGCUGUCCACCUCUCCAGUCCUGCAAGACUCAAGUCGCUCUGGAGUCCAACAGGCUGUCAAUCAGUCUUUGUCAGGCCUAUGUGGGAGUACAAUAUGGCCUACGUCACCAUCCAGAUACUCGACACUACCACUUUCGGUCUCAGUGCAUGGCGACUCAGGACCAUGAGGACGCAAGGAUUUGCCAAGGUCCUCUUCGCUCAGGCAUGCGUCUUCAUCGGCAUCACCGCUACCCUCAACUGCGCAUGUAUGGUACUGGCCUACAUCAGCCCCAACCCUGUCCUCACGUACUUCAUCUCGCCCAUUGCUCUGACUGUCUCUGGUGUACUAGCCUGUCGCUCUUUCCGAGACCUUCAAGCUCACGCACAGCGCGCCGGGACCAUCGUCACUGGCUCAGGCCGAGCCUACACGGGAGGUGCCUCAAUCCAGCCACCCAGUCCAGACAGCAGCGUCGCACCUUAUUCUGCAAGCACAAAGGAAGCAUUCGAUCUCGAUGCUGCGAAGGGACGGGCUCUUGGUAGGCGAAGACGAUCGGACUGGCUCACGAGGACAGGCUUCGACGAUGAUGAGGAUCCCAUUGAGCUGCCUACCCUUCCCAUGGCUGCGGCUCACGCUCCCGAUAAUGCUGAUGGCAUUACGCAGCACCCCGGUCGAACUUCAACCCGCCAGCGUCGUACCUCUGCCACUCCUCGAACUAGUUCCAACUUGGAUGCCAAAGGCUCUACCACUGCAUUCCACGGUUUCCUUUUGCCCGAAGAAGAAGAAGAACAUCGCCUCGACGCCCUCGCCGCAAAGCACCAGCAAAGCCUUGCAGCACGACAGAAUGCAGCUCGAUCUAUGACUUCCACUUCUCUGCCUCUUCCUGGGAAUGACGAAAGCGACCACACGAUUCGUGCCCGCAAUGUCGUCGCUUCGGAGCAAACUCAACACGUACCUCAGUUGCAGAGCCCUAGAAAGCAAAACGGCCCACACACGUUCAUCGACAUGCGAGGGAUGCGAACGGAGAACGACAUUGGUCCCGGUCCUGUCCCUCGUCCUGGCACUCGAAAGGCACGCAUCGAUGAUGGUACUCCCAGGAAGGAAAAGCGCACCGUUGAUGGGACUCUCUUCACAGACGAGACGGUCACUACCGCUAGCAAGCCCAACAGUAUCAAGACUCAGCAUAUCCGUGCUGCUGGAGAGUAUGCCUCCCCCAAUGCGGUGAGCGGAUUCAGCUCUAAACGCAGCUCGGGCCUUUCUGGUGACUCGAGUGAUGCGCACGCUAUCGAUAUCGACAGCAUCGAGGACGGAAAGGACUCUCGCUCAGUCGCUGUCGGCAUCACCUGUCAUAGAGAGGUACACAUCGACGGCUGAGACUGGCCAACGUCGACCCUGCAGAUCGAUAGUUACAGCUGCUACGACUCGCUUCCCUUCUUCUCGCAGCAAGCAACACCCUAGUACCUCGCUUCCUGCUCUCUGCUCACUGCCCCGUGCUCUUUCUCUUCCUUUC